AUGUCAGAAAGUCAAUUCGAUGGAACUAAAUUUAGGCUAUCGCAACCCGAAUCUUUUAAUAACAAGGUAUAUUUGAAUGAAAAAUAUAAGAACUUGAAACUUCAAGGGUGGUUAAAAAAGAAAAGCCCAGCAAUUUUAAAAGGAUGGUAGAAAAGGUAAAAAGAAUAAAAAUAUUUAGAUUUUUUAUGUUGAUAGAAAAUGAAGGAUAUAAGUUAGUUUAUUUUGAUGAUGAUGUAAGAGUUCAUUUUUAUUCAUUAUUAGAAAACUAAUUCGAAGCCAAAAGGAGCUUUUGAAUUAUCAAAUAAUAUUUUUAUAGAAUAAGCAGGAGAGGAAGAGUUUACUAUUAGAUUUCCNAUUCAUAUAUUAAUUGUAUAAUUUUUUAUAAAUAUUUUUUUAUUAUAUCUAAUAUAUUUUACUUUAUAUUGA